AUGCUUUCCUAUGUAUUUGGUGAUGCAGAGAAAGUAUCAGUGCCAGUCAUUGAGGGACAGUCUGUCACUUUACACACUGGUGUUACUGAAAUACAGAAAUAUGAUCUGAUAGAAUGGAGGUUAAAUAGAAAUCGCAUUGCUAGAAUCAGUGGUGACAACUCCAGUCCUGAAGGGGCAUUCAGAGACGGACUGCAGCUGGACAAACAGACUGGAGAUCUCAAGAUCACAAACAUCAAAACUACAGACUCUGGAGAAUAUAAACUGAAGAUCACCAGUACCAGAGGGUUCCCAGUGCAGACAUUCAAUGUCAGUGUUGUGACUGAUCCUAGAUCUGAUGGAGUGACGGUUGUGUCAGUGACAGAGGGAGAUUCUGUUGUUCUACAUGCUGAUGUUACUAAAAUACUGAAAGAUGACGAGAUACUGUGGAGGUUUAGAGAUAAAUAUGAUAUUGCUAUAAUGAAAAAAGAUGAAGACAUCUUCUCUACAUAUGAUUAUAUUGCUGAUGGGAUAUUCAGACGCAGACUGCAGCUGAAUCAUCAGACUGGAAAUCUCAUUAUCAGUGACAUCACAUACAACACCUCUGGACUUUAUGAAGUUGAUAUCAAGAGGAGAACAUACACCAUACACAAGGCAUUCAAUGUGACUGUUACAGACAAACUGAACAGAGUGUCAGUGAAAGAGGGAGUUACUGUCAUUCUCGAAUCUGGUGUUACUGAAUUAGACAGAGAUGAUCUGGUGCAAUGGAGAUUUGAACAUGAAGACGUCUUAGCAGAAAUCAAUAAAACGGCUGGAAUCUCCUCCUCAUAUGAUGAUGUUCCUGAUGGGAGAUUCAGAGAAAGACUGAAACUGGACAAUCAGACUGGAUCUCUGACCAUCACACACACCAGAACUGAAGACUCUGGACUCUAUCACCUUGAAAUCACCAGCGACAGACACAUCAUAUUCAGGAAAUUCGUUCUUUCUGUCUGUGGUGAGUAAAUCAAGUGUUGUG